UGCUACCGUUAGUCCAUUACCCUUGAUUGCUGCUACUGAAGGUGAAGGUGCUGCAGAAUGCGUGCAUUACUGUCGGUUUGUGUUUUGUUUUGCGUGCUGUCCGUGGAGUUAGCCUAUGCCGGCGCACUCUCCAGCAGAGAUUUUGACAAUCACGAGUGGCACAUAGCGGCGGACGAGAAUGGCAACAUGCGCCUGGUGUCCUACGCCGUACCCUACCAGCUGGACGGUGAAAAACCGAAGCGAGAUUUUGUCCCAGAGCGGGACACGCGCUUUCUGCUGUACACUGCCUCCAAUCCGGAGGUGCCGCAUGUACUCCGGAACGGUGACAUUGCCUCGAUCCAGAGCUCUCCCUUCAACCCCAACAACCCAACGCGCAUGAUCAUUCACGGGUGGCUCGGUACGCAGGAUUCCGAGAUCAAUCGGCUGACCCGAUCGGCCCUCUUCUUCGGCGGUAACUACAACGUGAUCUACGUCGACUGGAGCGUUGGUUCGUUGGAUGAGUUCUAUCCGAACUCGCGUCAGCUCGUGUACGCGGUCGCUGCGGCCGCCUCCAACAUGCUGGACUAUCUCGCCCGAUAUGGUCAGCUAAACAAGCGUGACGUAGUGGUUGUGGGACACAGUCUGGGUGCUCACGUUGCUGGUAACGUAGGAAAGUGGCAAUCGGGUGCUAUCCCUACUAUUGUCGGGCUGGACCCGGCCUUGCCAUUCUUUGCCGGCGAUGCUCCCGACAGGAUUAUGGCAUCGGAUGCGGAUUACGUCGAGAUCAUCCACACGAACGGUGGUGUGUUGGGCUUUAUGGAACCGAUCGGUGACGCUGACUUCUAUCCCAACUAUGGACGCGUUCAGCCGGGCUGUGGGGCCGAUGUGGGAGGUGGUUGUGCCCAUGCGCGGGCAGUUCACUUCUACGUGGAGUCGAUUCUUUCGAGGCAUGGAUUCGUUGGACAGCAGUGUCAAUCGUUCCAGAACAUACGGGAUGGUACGUGUGCACAGACGGGCGUUUCAUCUCGCAUGGGCGGUGAGCCACCGAAUGCCGAGGGUGCCCCGGAAGGUAUCUUCUUCCUGCAGACGGCCAACAGUUUCCCCUUUGCCGUCGGGUGUUAGUGAUAUUGACGAUCCGUCUAAAUAAGUUUACAGAGAGACACGGGCGGCUUUUACAGCAAUAGAGCACAGUUUUUGUUUACUAGUUCGUAAGAAGAUUAAUGUAAAUUUCCGCACAUAAAGCGAAAUCGUAACCUAGUAUUA